CUGUACUAAUUACGUGUUCUACGGCGUCCUCCGAUUUUAUUCACGGAAAGUGUAUCGCCAUAUUGCUUCCGUGAAUUCAGUGAAAUAUUUGUUAAUUUCUCUUCAAUUAUGACUGCAAUAUCAAAAUGAAGUGAAAGGGAACAAACAACAGGGCAUCAUCGACUGUGUGGAUACGUUUUUGAGCAUCCCAACCUCCGUUAUUACGUGAAAUAGAGCAUGUCGUACGAGAAGAUGGAAGUGGUGAAUCCGGCGGAGAAGGAGGCGAGUGAGGUGCUGCACUCCUUGCUGUCCGUGGAGCGCCGUAGCGUGGACAGCAAGGAGGCCAUCAUCGUGUCCAUUCCCACGGACCAAAACGGCGCCGGCGAGUACGGCGAGAGCGCCCAGUGGCACACGCCCGUCAUGGGGCAGCACUCUGUCUUCGAAAUGGGACCCCCACAGAACAUGCAGCAACAUAACUACAACGGACAUCAAGAGCAGGUUCUCUGGCAAGGACAUACAAUUCAGGUGGAAAAUGGUGAUGGUAACAUGCAGACCAUGCAAACAACUUAUACACUGGAAUUUGGACCUAAUGUUGAUGCCGAGACUGCAGAAUUGGAAGUUGACACAAAGCCUAAAGUCGAGAAAAAGGUUGGAAUGAAAAGGAAGAAAAAGACGGACUCUGAUAGUGAGGAUGAUAUUAUUGAUAACAAACUGGAGGAUAAUCCUACACAGGUCAAAGAAAGGCUUAUGAGGGGCUGUGAGUGUAAGGACAACUGUUAUCGUGGACUCAACCCUGAGGCAGUAUAUCGUCACCGUCUCAACAUUGCUGAACUCACUAAAAGCGAACACGACAUGUACUUGAUGGGAAUUACAAUGGCUAGCUUGGCGAAUCCGGCAGAAACGUCACGUCAUAAGGUCAGAAGGAGACUACGAGCCUGCUAUGUAUAUCAGGGACGAAAGGUUUGCUUAGAGGCAUUCUUAUAUUUAGAAAAUGUUACUCACUACCAACUGAAGCGCAUCAGGCAACACGUAAUGACCCACGGCGUCGCGCCGCGGAUACACGGCAACGUAGGUAAGAAGCCGUACAACACGUUCACAUUGGACAUUUACAAACACGCCACGAAUUUCUUGAAGGAGUAUCUCAAGCAGCACGCUCAAUCACCCAAAGACGCUCAGCCCAACGCGGAUGGCAAGAAGGCCAGUAAAACCGUCAUCAUCCAAGGCGACUCGAGAAAGCACUUGUUCGAAGCCUACAAGGAGUACGGGGAGAUUCUCGAGCCCGGCGUGAAGCUAAUGGGCUAUUCCACGUUCCGGGCGUUCAUGAAAGAUCAGUUUCCUCAAGUGAAGUUCGCGACCAAAAAGCAGGACCUGCCGAAGGAUAUGGUGCCGUUCCGCAGCGGCAAGUGCAUGUCGUACGACAAGAAUAAAGACCCUGUGAGACUGCAACAGGAGAAGGAGAAGGCGGACGCCAAGAAGGCAGCUAUGGAGGCUAAGAAGAAGGAGGAGCACGAGCGCGAGCACCAGGUGCAGCAGCAGCAACAGCAGCAACAGCAGCAGCAGCAGCAGCAGCAGCAGCAACAGCAGCAGCAGCAAGUGCAGCAGGUGCAGGUGCAGCAGCAUCAACAGAUGCAGGGCCAGCCGCACGUGGUGAUCCACCAGCAGCAGGCGCAGCAGCAGCAGUCGAUGCAGCAGCAGAUGCUGGUGCCGCAGGUGUCGCAGCACCAGCAGGUGCUGCCGGGGCAGGUGGGCGGCGUGCAGCAGGUGUCGCAGCACCUGCAGCCGCUGGGCGUGCAGGAGGAGGCCGGCCAGCAGGUGGAGAUGGCGCAGCAGGUCAUCCCGCUGGCGGUGGUCCAGCAGCCGCAGCAGGCCUACCUGGUGACGCCGGUGUCGCACUUCCAGACGCGCGUGCAGGGCGCCUGGUACCGCCAUUGACCCGGCGCGCCGCCGCCGCCGCACGCGCGAGCCGCAGCCUGAACUUUGGCAAUAAGUGAGCGAAUAGGUAGGUGACACCUUUCAGUAUUGGUUAAACUGAGUUAUGGAUAUUUCUAAGUAUAAAGUUAAUCAUAUUUACACGACUUAUAUUAGCACUAGCUAUGUAGUUUUUUUUUGUAAUCUAUAAUUUUGUUUAACGGAAAUUACUAAAUUUUGUAUUACCUCUGAUUUUUGUAUACGAAAUGCUUGUUGGACUGCAGAAUCGGAAGAACAGUUGAGGGACUCGGGGGUAGUAUGUUUAAUGUUGGACUCGUUUACGUAAAUGCAGCUUUUCAUUCGAGUUCGUAGUUUGAUGUUAACUUCAUUUGUCACUAGAAUCUUUGAGGCUUGAAACAUUAACUAAUUUCGCUCACCAUGCUAUUCUUAUUACUUGUCUAUGGUUCAAACGAAGACUUGGACUUGAAUUUAAACUGCAAUGAAGGUAUUAUUUGAUUCAAAUCAGCUUGCAUUCAAUAAAUAUGAUUCUCAUUAUCCUCAAGAACUCAUUAUGUUAUGUCAGUCAUUUUUGUACAUGCUAGUUCUUAAUUACAGCC